AUGAAUAAAAAUGAUAUGAACUAUAGUAUUUUAAAUAAUUACGAUAAACAAAAAGUAAUUGAAGAAUCAAAUAAUUAUUUAAAAUCAAUAUCGCAUAAAAAUAGCAAUGCUAGUGAUUUUAAAACAUAUGUAGAUGAUACCUUACAUGAGAAUAAUGAUGAAAACAGUUCAGAUAAAAAAAUACAAAUAGAGGAAGUAUUUACUCUUGAAAUUUUAAUAAAGAUAUUAAGUAAAAUUUUUUUAAAAGGUAACUACUGUAUAACAAAAGAAGAUAUAAAUAUAAAAAAUUGUAAAGUUAAGAUAUUUGAAUCAAAGAAUCAUUUGAGAAAUGUAAAGGAUGAAGACGAUAAUUUUAUAAAUAUAAUAUUUUAUUUUUUAAAUAAGAAUUAUUUAUUUUUUAUAAUAUAUUGUUUAAAUAAAAAAAAUGUUGUUUACUUGAAUUUUUUUAAUCCAUUAUUAUAUGAAAAAGAAAAAAUAGAAGUAUUUAAUUUAUUUUUUAUAAAUAACUUUUUUCCACAUAUUAUAUUUGGAUUAAAUAAUGGUAAGGUGCUUUUAUAUAACCAUGAAGGAAUUAUUUGUAUGCAUAAUAAAUUUAUUGAAAGUAAAAUUAAAAAUAUUUUUAUAGAAAAUCAAAAAGAUUAUAUUUUAUUUUUGCAUGAAAAUAAUAUUAUUGUUAAUUCUAACACACAUAUAAUUAAAAGUGCGAUAGAAAAAAAUUUGAAGAUUUUACCAUUUGAUUAUAUAUUUAGUAUAAAUAAAAAUAUAUGCAUAAAUCAUAUAAUUUUAAGAUGUGAUAAUUCAAAUGAUUUUUAUAAAAAAGAUGUAUAUUCAAUGUAUAACAAAGACGAUUUAAUAUGUUACCUAAAUAACACUAUAAAGAAUAUUCCUAAUAACAACAACACUAAUAUUAAUUACAUAGUUACAUCAAACAGUACAACAUUAUCUAUUUUUAAUAUUGUAAAACAAAAUUGCCAAAAUGAAUUUUUAAGUAGAAAAGAAAAUUUUAGUAUAUCAGAAAAAAUAAGUUCAAAAAUAAAUAGUUUUAUAAAAAAUAUAUUUACAAAAAGAAGCGAAAGUAACGACAUAAAUGCAUUAAAUAAUAAUAGUAGUACAAUAGAUAUACUUAACUCAAAUAUUGUUCAUUGUUUUAAUGAUCCUAAAAGAAAUAUAAUAGAUAUUUGUAUAUGCCCAUGGAAUUCAUAUUUAAUUUUAGCUCUAGAUAAUCUAGGAAGAAUAUCUUUGUUUAAUAUAUCAACAUUAAAUAUUUUAUAUAUAUGGAAAAGUUACAGAUCUGCAUUUAUGGCUUUUGUUGAAAAAAUAAGUCCUUCAAACGAUCAGAAACCUUUUUAUGAUUUAAAUUCUAAUUAUUUCAAUAAAGGAAUAUUAUUUUAUUUAAAAACAAGAAAUUUAAUUGAGAUUUGGGAUUUUAAUACAUUGAAUAAAAUAUAUAGUGUAAGAACAUACGAAGAUCCUACAUUUUUGAAGAUUUUUUUUGUUGAUAAUAAUUCACCAAAUAAAAUUUUCUUUUUUAACUCAAAUCAUCAUGUAUUUUUAAUGAACACAAAAUUUGAGCUUUUUUAUUUAAAAUGGAUAUAA